AGGGCUUGCCCAUCGGCACCAGCCUCCCCGGGCCCAUGAGCAGUGGCUAGCGGCCGGGCAGGGUGCACUUCGUCUCCCCUCGCUGCUCUCUGGAUUAGCUGCCCCCCCCCUCCCGGGAUUGCCAUCGCAGAAGAGCUUGAUGGCGGGAUCUUGUGAGAUCAGCAACAUCUUCUCUAACUACAUCAGCGCCAUGUACCAGCCAGAUGAGGCGCAGCCGACCCUGGACGUGCUGGGACACCUUGAGGAUGACACUACCCUGGGGCUGAGCCUCCCCGCCAGCCAGCCCCCGGCACAGAGCACAGACAAGCCGGAGUGGUUCAGUGAGCUCCCGUACUUCUGGACCAAGGUGCAGGUGCUGGAAUGGAUCAGCUACCACGUGGAGAAGAAUAAGUAUGAUGCCAGCUCCAUUGACUUCUCCUGCUGCAACAUGGAUGGGCACGCGCUCUGCCACUGCACCAGAGACCAGAUGCGCCUCAUCUUUGGGCCCCUGGGGGAUGAGCUCUAUGACCGCCUGCAUGAGAUCACCUCUGAUGAGCUGAACUGGAUCAUUGACUUGCUGGAAAAAGAGGAUGUGACUUCCCAAGAGACCUUCCUGGACUCCAGCCACCUGGAGCUGGGAAAUCCCUGUGCCAAGGAAUUCCUUGAGGAUAUGAAGCCCACAAACCCUUUCCUAUCUACAGACUUCACCUGCUUGCCUGGUGCCAUGUCCCCAGGCAACUCUGAUGUCUCAGGGCCUGUGAUGUCCCACAGCCCCAACUCCCAGGACUCCGGUGGAAGUGACCUCGACCUCGAUCCCACAGAAGCAAAGCUCUUCCCUGAUGAUGGCUUUGCAGGGAGCAAGAAAGGGGACAGCAAACAUGGCAAGCGGAAACGGGGACGGCCCAGAAAACUCAGCAAGGAGAGCAGAGACUGCCUGGAGAGCCGGAAGAGCAAGCACUCCCCAAGAGGUACCCACCUGUGGGAGUUCAUCCGAGACAUCCUGAUCCACCCUGAGCUGAACGAGGGGCUGAUGAAGUGGGAGGACCGGCGGGAGGGUGUUUUCAAGUUCCUGCGCUCAGAGGCAGUUGCUCAGCUCUGGGGCCAGAAGAAGAAAAACAGCAGCAUGACCUACGAGAAGCUGAGCCGAGCCAUGCGAUAUUAUUACAAACGAGAAAUCCUGGAGAGAGUUGAUGGGCGACGGCUGGUGUACAAGUUUGGGAAGAACUCCAGCGGCUGGAAGGAGGAGGAGGUGCUUAACCGGAACAAGGAGCUGUAGGAGACCUGGAUGAGCCAGGGACUGACCAGCCCCUUGGGGCCAGCCCCAAGCUGGGCUCCUUGGCAAGAAACUUGGCCUUCAGCUGUAUCUGGAAGGUGCUGCCCUGUGCAGCGUGUGAAAUGCCGACCCUUGCAUGGGCACACUCGUGUGUGGUGGUGACUGCCGUCACUGAGCUGUUUAAAGCUAAUAUUUUGGCUCCAGUAGGUUAUUGUAAACCGUUAUUUCCCUCGCUGGAUUUGUACCUCCAACUGGAGUCACAGUGACUUUGGCUGUUUCAAAGCCUGGACAAACACGAAGGGGAAGAGAAGUUCCACUGGCAGCUGGCAUGCAGGGAGAGCCCAGCAGGUCUCCUGCUGUCACCCACCUACUGCCCGGGCAGAGGGGCAGCACCACCGUCUCACCUGUGAUCGGACGGACCUUGUCCCAGAUAUGGGGUCCUCCCCUGUCACUGCUUGCACCGUGCUGAAGGUGCCCACCGUCCUGUUUGCUCUGCGUGCGAUGGGUGAGGCCCCCCCGCCAUGCAGCAGCUUCUCAGUUUGGCACCCGCUGAGAGAAGAUGGGAACAUUGUGGAGCUUCACCUGGCCCUGGAGAGCCUUCAGGGGGGAGGGGACUGGGGACAGCAGGACCGCUCUGCAUUUCCAGCCCAGCUGCCUGUAUCUGGAAACAGGCCUUUUCCCCAAAAGUAGCUUCUAAUUUAUGUAAGACCAAAAAAAAACCACAGAAUGAAUGUACAGAUAUAUUUUUUCAUUUGUAAGAUGUUCCCGUGUGAGAAUGUACAUUGUAGGGCAUGCACGUGUCUCGUAGCAGGUGGUGAUGCUCAGCUGGACUGAAGCAGUGUCACAGGGGCACAGACUGGCUCUGUGUCAGCCACAGGAGGGGGAUGCCAGCCCAGCCACGCACCCAGCAGGUGCAUGUGGUUUCCUCCUUUUCAAAUGGGAACAUAAGAGGAAUAAAUUGUUGUUUG